AUGUCUAAUAACAACACCGUUGUUCUCGGCGCCGGCAUCAUCGGAUGCUCGACCGCAUACUACCUCUCCGAGUCCCCGCGCACGCAGGCGCAAAGCAUCCACCUAGUCGAAGCCUCCCCUGAGCUCUUCCAUUGCGCUUCCGGCCUUGCUGGCGGCUUUUUGGCAGCCGACUGGUUUGCGCCGUCCGUGGCCUCGCUCGGCCUUCUAUCCUUCAACCUCCACAAAGAGCUUGCGGAGAAGCAUAACGGCAAGGAGAAAUGGGGAUACAGCCGGAGCACGGGCACAUCACUCAGCCAGGAUAACGACACUGUAGGCGGUAGCGGAGAAGACUGGUUGAGUAAUGGUGCGAGCCGUGCAGAAGCGGCCGGAAUCCAUCAGUUUGAGGGAGGGGAGGGUCCGGCGUGGUUGACGCGGAAGAAAGGCGAGAGUCUGGAGGUUAUCAGCCGGGAUGAGACUGUUGCGCAGGUCGAUCCGAAACGGUUGAGUCAAUUCCUGUUGGAUCAGUGUCUCGAGCGGGGAGUGCAACUGCAUCACCCAGCUAAGGCUAUAUCGGUAUCCAAGGAUAUCAGAGAUCAACUGGCCAGCGUGAGAAUAGCGGCAGCCGACGGCACAGAGACAGACAUUCCAUGUACUCGCUUGGUCCUUACAGCGGGCUGCUGGACACCAAGAGUCUUCUCGACGCUCUUCCCGAGCGCGAAGACACGAAUACCAGUCACACAGCUAGCCGGCCACUCGCUGCUGCUCAAGUCGCCGCGGUGGAGCGCGGAGCAUGAGGAGAAGGGCUGCCACGCGGUCUUCGCUUCAGACAAUUUAGGCUUCUCGCCAGAGCUCUUCAGCAGAAUAGGCGGCGAGAUCUACAUCUCGGGCUUGAAUAGCACAGCAAUACCACUGCCUGAAGUCAGCACCGAUGCAAAGAUUAGCGACGAAGCCGUGCAGCAGCUGAAGCAAGUGGCGAAUCGAAUGCUGGGCCUCCCAGGCCAAGAAGACCUUGAGGUUUUGCGAGAAGGUCUCUGCUUCCGGCCCGUCACCAACAGUGGCCGGCCUAUCAUCUCCAGAAUACCGGACAACAAGCUCGGUGGUGGCUUCUCUACGCGAGGCGGAGGCGAGGGCGGCGUCUUUGUGGCAGCUGGUCAUGGUGCAUGGGGAAUCUCGCAGUCUCUGGCAACAGGCAAGGUUAUGAGCGAGCUGGUACAGGGAUUGCCGACAUCUGCUAAUAUCAAAGCGCUGGCGUUGCCUUAG